UGGCCUAUUUAUAGUGUUGGCCCUUGCAACAAUGUCAUCUGUAACUCGACUCCAUCUGUUAAGUCGGAGCAUGUUGAAUGUCAGUUGCCAGAAGCAGAAGCAGUUCACUUCCCACCAACUCUCCUACCGAGAGCCCCAUGGAGAUUGUCGGACAACCGGGACCUUCGAGGGCCUGUAGCCUCCUCGGAGUGCCCCUGCUCGGCUGCUGGGACAUGGACGAAGAUAAUUGUGAGGUGCUGAUCGGCAUCAGGCCAAAAUCAUCGCCUGUCCCGAGGAGACGGAGCUCUGUUGAGGAGGACGAGGAGCCAGAGACGCCCUUGUCCAGCUCCAGGAGAGUGUCCUUUGCAGACGGAAAGGGCCUCAGUUUGGUGCAAGUGAAGGAGUUUGACACUUGGGAUGUGCCCAAGCUGCCAGAAUGCAACCUCUCUGUAGGGAAUGCUAAAGAUGCAGUGGAGUACUUCUUAUUUCCUGCAACGUUCUCACUUCCGUUGUCUACUGAGGAACUGUUUCUGAAAGUCCAGACACAGAAAGUGGAGUUGGAGAACAUUGAGUUAGUACCAGGGACCACAAUACUGAAAGGAGUGGUCCGAGUUCUCAACGUAUCCUACAAUAAGGCGGUAUAUAUCCGAACCUCUUUGGACUCUUGGUCGAGCCACUUUGACCUCCUGGCAGAGUACAUGCCCGGGUCCAGUGACAGUUUGAUGGACCUUUUCUCGUUCAGGCUCACCCUGGUGCCUCCGUUUGGGGAGCAGGGAGCAAGAGUGGACUUCUGUCUGCGAUAUGAGACUCCGUUGGGGACUUUCUGGGCCAACAAUAACCACAGGAACUACGUGCUGUCCUGCCACCAGAGAAUGGAGGAGAGGAAAGAGAAACCGCAGAAGGAAAAUGUAAAGAAAAGCUGCCUAAAGACUGUCAGUCAGUCCUUCUCCACUGUGGAAAACAUGUCUGCAACCGAGGCUCCAUCUCAGGAAAACAUUUCAUCAGAUGUGUCAAAACAUACAGAGCAAGCGGACACUAUGAAAGCAAAGCAAAUCUCUACAAACCAGUCCGCAACAUCUGAGGAAAAUCAGCAGAAAUUAUUGGCCGAGAGCAAACAGGCCUCCAGCCAAAGAAAUCGCAGGAAGGCUGCAAGGAUGGCUUGGCUGAAGGACUACUUUUCACAGGAAAAUGGAGGAGCGGAUGACACUGAAAGAGGUGAAUCACCUCCAGAAGCAAAACAGCCAGCCCAAGAGGAAAGCCCAGAAGAAAAGCGAGCAGAUGUGCGAUAUUUUCCCGAGGAGAGCAGUCAAUCAGAAGGUUCUUACUUUGUUUCUGAGUCUCUGGAAACAUGCAGUGCACCUCUCCUUGAUGUUUCACAUGAUACGUCAACUACACGCCACUACGUGUCCAACAGUGAGACAGCGAAAUCUGAGAGUGUCACUGCCGAACAUAUCUCACUCAACCCAUUACAUCCAAACGGUGAGCCCGCUCCUGAUGAAUGCCGAAAUAUCAACAAGUGCGUCUCAAAAGCUGAGGAAGGCCACUUUGCAGUGAAACCAGCUGACAGUAUUAUUUUGGAAGUGAGCAUUGAAAGCAUUGAAAGCCUUGUUAGCGAUGCCAACAGCUUCACAUUUGGAAAUGUGGUGGCUCCGCUUUAUAAUCAGGUGCUUGGCAGAGUGGGAAGUGAAAGUGAUCGGGGAAAUCCAGUACGGGCUACACUCAAUGUUGGAGACUUACCUCAGAGUAACUGUCACUCUGAAGGGAGACAGACUAGCUGUACAGGGCAUGAUGACAAACUUCAAGGGGAUGUGAUUAAAUAUCAGAAAUCAAAACAAGAAUGUUUAGGUGCCCCUCCAAAAAGUCCUCAAAUUGAAGAGAAGGAAAGCUGUUUGAUCGACACAGUAAACAACAUCCAACACCACGUAGAAACUCAAGAUGAUGUUAUUCAUUUAGACCAGAGAUGCACCAUCACAUCGGAGGUUCCAAAAAACAUUGCAGAAGACGUAGUUGUAGAUCCACACAGUGCAAACGUUUCAAUAACACAUUUGUUACAAACACAAACACCCACAGAAGACAAUCUCACCCAGGACCUCGAGGAUCAUACAUGUGCACAAACUAAAACUACUCUAAGUGAAACACUUACGGAAAGCGAAACUCAUAAAGCCAUGGCUAAACUAGAAACCUCAUUCAUGUCACCUCUAACUUAUCAGAGUGAAUCAGACUGUGUUAGCGACGAGGAAGACACACAGACCAGCUCUAUUGGCGAAAAUGGCUGUAAGUGUGUAGAGGAGUCAAACGUAGAUAACGUAGACAAAACAGGGAUAAUGUCGACACCCAAUGGCCUUUUAGAGGAGAAUAAACUACUAGAAGCUUUACACAAUUUGAAUUCAAAACACAUCAAUAAUUCUGCUAAAAAAGAAACUGAGGAAAAGGACACUCUGAUAUCUAUUGAAACUGAUAAGAGCAACUCGCAUAUAGAUGGUUCAAAACACUCAGCUGAAGUUAAGGUCAUAGGUGAGGUAGCUGAGUCAGCGGCAAAACCCAGAAUAACUAAUCACAUACACAGUGAUGUGCUCAAAGACUCCCAAAAAAUAGAGCAUCGUGAAAUUGUAAAUGCUGUCCCGAAAAGGGGGGAUUUUUGUAUAGCAGACACUACCGAGGUAAACUGGGAAAUGAUGGUUGAAGAAGAGGAGAACAGCAUGUUAACAGAUGAAGAGGAGAGUGAGGUCAUAUGUUUAAAAGCAGUGGAGAAACACCAAGGAGAGUUGGAGGACACAUUUAGGGAGGCAGCAUCAGAAAUCAGAGAUACAACACAGACCGACGACCAAAAGAUGGAGAUCACAACUGCCAUUGACGAGGAGAACAAAGCUGAGGUUGCAGAUGAACUAGAGGGCAAUAAUGGGGUUAUAGAGGAGGACAUUGGGGAGAUCCUGGCUGGAAGACAUAGGGAGGAAGUUGAGGAAGAAUUAGAAUAUGUUCGAGAACCACCCGAGGAGAUUGAAGGAGAGAAAAAAGAUGAACAAGAGGAGAUAGAGUUAGAGAUACAAGAAGUCAAUAUUGAAACGACAAAUAUCCUAAAGGAAGAGGAAGAAAUGACGAAUGAAGUCAAAUCAAGGGAGGGUGACGGAGAACAGGAGGAUCCAGAUUGGGAGGGAGAGUCAGACAUCAUGCUUCCAGAGAUUAUAGAGGAUAAUGAAGCAGGGGGUUUUGAAGAGAAGGUAGACUUUACACAAAACAAGGAUGGUCUAUCUGCUCUGGUGAACAAUGAGCACAACAAGAGAGUAACUGACAAAGAAAAUGGACACAUCCCAAAUGAAAUGCAAGAGACAGAUUUCCAAAGCAGUGCGAGAGAUGAUAACGAAUCCACAGCUGCAGAGGAAGGCUCCUGCAUUUCGGCAGAAGAAGCUGAAAUCGACAGCGAAUCAGCGGAGUCCGACUCAGACGACGAGGUGGAGUUAUACAUGCACUGUCUGAGGGCCGUUCACACCGGGGCCCAGAGCAAAGACGCGGGUUAUGUGCAGGGCUUACGGUCCUACGUAAGCAAAGGCAAACUGCUGUCCACACGCAUGCCCUCCAUCAGUGAGUCUCUGGAUGAAGAGCAACACCUGGGCGGCCUUCAGGACAGCCAUGAGGAGACGGCAGACUUCCAGCCCACAGCCCUGCCAGCGACAACUGGACAGGGGAGCCUCAACAGACAUGUGUCAUGGUGGAGAGAGACUUUUUCCUGCAGCAAUAUCUCCAAAACAUUGAUAUACGCCACCUUGUUAGUGGUAUUUUUAGCCGUGGUCCAGCGUUAUGAUUUUCUUGCCUGUUUCGGGCUCUACUUGGGAUCGGUGGUUUGGCUCUACCAUCAGGCAGCCAGGACAACAACAACAACAACAACAACAACAACAACAUAAGAGGUAGAAUUAUAAUUGGCUGUGAACGGUAAUACUAUCAUUAGAAUUUGAUAUUUUCUCUUCAUUUGAAGAUAUGUGAACAAGUGGUAUUAAUAAUGGUCUAAAUGGAAAUAGUUGGUAAUGGGCAUUAAUUUAGAGUAAAUACGACACAUAUCAGAUGAAAUGCUGUAUAUUCCCUAUGGGAGGAUGCUAACUCUGUUGUCUAGAGUAUGUACACAUUUUAUUUAUGCUUUAUUUUACAUAAAACUCAGUAUUAACGCAGACAACAGGCAGCGUACCAUUGCUCACACUGACAUAUAUUUUUGAAGUGUAAAUGCAACUGAUCUGUGUGCUGUGUGUGUGUGUGUGUGUGUGUGUGUUGAUGCUAUCUAUACAUCUUUUUGUUUUGUAGGGUACAUUUAUUUUUCAUAAGUCUUGAAUAAAUCAAAUUGUGUUCAAUGCUUUUAAUACUAUUAGUGUUCAAAACUGUUUUGUGUUGUUAGAGUAGAAAGGGGGUCACUCUUUGUUUUACUUUCCUGUAUACAAAUACCUAAAAUAUGUACUUUCUUAGUAAAACAGGAAGUGUUGGAGGCAGCCUAAUAUCAUGAGGAGUAGUAGUUAGGUUUGGGGCAUUAUGGAAGCCUCUGGCAUUUAGUGAACAACUCACAAAUAUUUCCUUUACCUGAAUCAAGGUUUAUUACUAGUGUAUUUUAAUCUAAAGAGGUUAAAUAUGAAUUCCCAUACUGGGAGUUGAACCCGGGCCGCCUGCGUGAAAACCAGGAAUCCUAACCGCUUAGACCAUAUGGGACUUGCAUUCAGUGAUACAUUAUCUCAGAGAACUGUGGUCAUACCCUGAAACCAGAUUAUAAUUGUUGGAUUAUUCAUGUCUCCAGUCUGUUUACAUGUCUUAAUCCAAGGCUACAAUCUGAUCAAAGCACGUAUGAUGUUAUCACUUAUGAGUAUUCAAAUAUGUUUGACAUCAGAGAUAUAGACCCUGAUAAGAUGCUUUGUCGUAGCCUGAAAAUCAAUAUGAAGAAAGCAGCUGCUGGGAGAAAAUACAAGUUUGAUAG